AUGAUAAAGAACAACCAAACUCUCUUCAACCAGUUCCUCCUCCUGGGCCUGCCGAUCCCUGCAGAGCACCAGCAACUGUUCUUUGCCCUGUUCCUGUCCAUGUACCUCACCACCAUCCUGGGGAACCUCAUCAUCAUCAUCCUCAUUCGACUGGACUCCCAUCUCCACACACCCAUGUACUUGUUUCUCAGCAACUUGUCCUUCUCUGAUCUCUGCUUUUCCUCUGUCACAAUGCCCAAGUUGCUGCAGAACAUGCAGAGCCAGGACACAUCCAUCACCUAUGCAGGCUGCCUGACACAAAUGUACUUUUUUGUUCUUUUUGGAGGCCUGGAAAUCUUCCUCCUUGUGGUCAUGGCCUAUGACCGCUAUGUGGCCAUCUGCCUUCCCCUUCACUACACCAGCAUCAUGAGUCUCAAGCUCUGUGUGUGUCUGGUGCUGCUGUCCUGGGUGAUUAGUAUACUGAAUUCCAUGUUACACACUCUACUCUUGGCUAGGUUGUCAUUCUGUGAGGACAACAUGAUCCGCCACUUUUUCUGUGACAUGUCUGCCCUGCUCAAGUUGGCCUGCUCUGAUAUUUAUAUAAAUGAACUUAUGAUAUUUAUCUUGGGAGGACCCCUUAUGGUCAUUCCAUUCUUACUCAUUGUUAUGUCCUAUGUACAAAUUAUCUUCUCUAUUCUAAAGGCUUCAUCUACUCGGGCCAUCUACAAGGUCUUCUCUACCUGUGGCUCCCACCUGACUGUGGUGUCACUAUUCUAUGGGACAAUUAUUGGUCUCUACUUAUGUCCAUCAGCUAAUAACUUUACAGCAAAGGAGGCUUCUAUUGCCAUAAUGUACACAGUGGUGACUCCCAUGCUAAACCCUUUCAUCUAUAGCCUGAGGAACAGAGAUAUAAAGGAGGCCCUUAUAAACGUUCUUAUCAAGAAAAUACCUUUAUAA